GUGACACUAAAAUGUGAUGCAACAGAAAAAGGCUCCUUUGGGGAUGGGAUAUCAGAAUCUGGUGUAGGUGAAGAAAGUAAAUAUACUGGUACUUUUACUUCCAAGUGUUCUUGUGCUGGGAAAUGUAGCUAUUCAUCCAGUUAUUUUUCAUCUGGCCAUGGUCCUAGCGUUGGUAGCAUUCUCCUCAUCAUAUUUUUCUCUCUCCUAGUUAUGUACUUUGUACUUGGUAUCGUUGUGAAUAAGUACGCCAUACAUAAAGAAGGUUCAGAUGUCAUUCCAAAUCGUUCGUUCUGGAGUGACUUACCAUUUCUCAUAAAGGAUGGUUGUGUGUUUUUUGGUGGGAAGGUUAAAGGCUGCUGCUCGUCUUUAUGCAGCAAAGUCAAAGGAGAUGAAUCCUACACUGAAAUUUAAAAAUAAUUGAAUUGUCUUGAAUUUAUUUGAUUCCAUUCGAUAUCAAUAGAAUUUCGAUAUCUCAAACAAAGAUAUGAAAUUCUGAAAAACCCACUUUGAACCAGUCAUAUAAUUCAUGGUUUCGACUCAGACAAUAGCGACCUAUCGCAACAAUCACCGUUGCAGCAGCAGUUUUCCCAGUGGAAUUAAAAUCGUGUCCCACAAACAGUUACACCGCAUCUGUUUAAAAGAAUACUACGAGGAUUGCCAAGCAUUUUUAUUUUAUUUUUACAGGAAAGCAAACAAGAAAAAGGAAAAAAUAAAUAAAACAAGGUAAUAAAAACAACAACAACAAAAUAUCAAUUUUAUGCCAGCUUAAGAUUAUGAGAUAUUCGAUUCUAGCUAAUUUGUUGAGGUCGUGCGACAGAGAAACGGUAACUAAGGGAAGUCGGAACCAUGAAUUAUCGUUGCUCUUAACCAAUAAUCUCUUAGUUGAUGAACUCAAAGCAAUAGGUGCUCACACUCUACGUCCCAGUAUUUUACAUUCUGUAAUUCCACUGAUAACAAUUAUUGCAGUCAAUUGUACAUUGCACUGAUAUAUUUUUGUAAUAAAUGCUUCACGGCAAACGUGAAACGAAACGUCA